UGCGGCCCGAAGGCUUCCGCCCGAGCGCGGGGCGGAGCCGGCGCUGUCUGCCGGCACUUCCCGACAUGGCGGAGUAUUCUUGCGUUAAGUCCACUAAGCUCGUCCUUAAAGGGUCGAAAGAGAAGAGCAAGAAAAAGCACAAGGAGAAGAAAAGGAAAAGGGAGGAGGAUGCAGCAGAGCAGCUUGAUAUUGUUGGAAAUUGGUGGGCUAUCAGUAAUUUUGGUGAAAUUACAGGAACUAUAGCUAUAGAAAUGGAUAAAGGAGCUUACAUCCACGCCCUUGACAAUGGCUUGUUUACACUUGGAGCACCACAUAAAGAUGAUGAAGGCCCUAGUCCUCCUGAGCAGUUUACAGCAGUAAAGUUGUCUGAUACAAGGAUUGCUCUGAAAUCUGGUUAUGGCAAAUAUCUUGGUAUAAAUUCAGAUGGACUCGUUGUUGGACGUUCCGAUGCAAUAGGAUCAAGAGAGCAAUGGGAACCUGUCUUCCAAGAUAAGAAAAUGGCAUUAUUAGCAGCAAAUAGCCGUUUUAUUAGAUGUAAUGAAGAGGGAGAUAUAGAAGCCAAAAGCAAAACUGCAGGGGAAGAAGAAAUGAUAAAGAUUCGUACUUGUGCUGAAAGAGAAGCUAAGAAGAAAGAUGAAGUUCCACAAGAAGACAAAGGAAACGUUAAACAGUGUGAAAUCAAUUAUGUAAAGAAAUUCCAAAGUUUUCAAGACAAAAAACUUAAAAUAAGCAAAGAAGAUACAAAAGCUCUUAGAAAAGCCAGGAAAGAAGGCACUUUUCAUGAAAUGCUGCUUGACAGGAGAGCAAAAGUGAAAGCAGAUAGAUACUGCAAGUGACAUCCAGCUGGUCCAUUUUCUUCUUCAUCUUUGACAGGGUCAAGUUGAAAACAAGAGUAAAAUAUUUUAUAAUUUUUUUAUUUAAGUAAUUGUUAAGUAUCUUCAGAAUUUUAUUAAAAUUUUCUCACAUAUUGAUAACCCAGUUAUAAAAUCUUAUUAACUGUAUCACUUGUGCAUAUUUGACUUGUAUUAAGGGAAUGACUUCAAGAAAAAUUAAAGGUAUAUCAAUUACCAAUGGCAAACUGUUUGCCAUAUACCUUAAGCCCUGGGAGACAGACUGUACACUGAUUUAGUCCAGAGAGAAAGUUCCCUGGCUUUUAGUGAUCUUGCCCUCAAAUAAAAAUCAACACCUCAUUAAUGGGUGAGCCAUGUAGGCAUAGCUUUUUACCAAUAGCAGAAAGGGUCAAGUACAUGAACUGAUUGUAUAUGUAGCUUAGGGGCUUUUCAGUUGCUGUGGGUGUCCAUAUACUCUGUGACUUAAUGUAAAGAAGAGGGCUAUGUUGUCUUUUCCACACUGUGUAAAGGCCAUAUUUUGAGUUCCUGUACUGUUGGUAAAGAUACACUGCACAUGCUCAGGUCUGACAGAGGUGUGAGUGCUGAAUUUAUGGGGAAUUUAUGAAUUUAUUUCUAAGAGCUAGAAAUAAAUAGAUGAUUGUUGGCAAAUGUUCCUGGCCAGUCUGAGGAAUUCUUGGAUGAAAAUGCAGCAUAGCUGUGAGAUGUUCUAUCAGAGAAAAAAAAAAAAAACAAACAUAAUUAAUUUUUCUCCAGAGCUCCUUAGUUUGGCUUAGGACUGGCGAUUAGGGCUCAUUAACUAGUUCUUGUUGUAGGUACCACACUACAUGUCCCUCCCCAGAAAUGUAAGUAACCUGAUGUACAACCAUUACAACAUCAUGGACCUGGAAGUGGCCUAGUGCCAAAACUACUCCCAGAAACACUGAGCAAGAGGCAGCACUGCAAGGAGCAGGCUGCAGGCCAGAAUGACCUUAUUGGACAGUUCAUUGCAGGUGUCAUUGAUCCACAGUCACUGUGAAUCUUAAAUACAUCUGAAGUGAAUGUUGAUGGUUGAAGUAGAUUGAUAUUACAGCAUCUGUUUUUCUUUCAAGAAUCUACUGUUUGAAUAAAAACUUGUCUG